UCGGGUUAGUCUUCGUCCAGCUGCAAGAGGGUGCGCACGUGCCUUUGCGUCUUACAAAUCCGCCUCCGCGUUGUUGUUAUUUUCAUUCGUUGAGCGUCGUCGUCGUCGCGCGGACUUCGCGUUGUUUGUGUGUUUUUCCAGACAGUUUCACACGCACUCGAAGUUAUUUCCAGCAAAAUAAGAGGAAAAAAGUGAACAUUCAAAGUGUCCAAAAAAGGGGCGCACAGCGCGAAGCAACAUCAUCCCCACCGGUGGUGGUGUGUGAUUGAGUGUGAAUCAAUUAGCAAAGUUGGCUGUGAGUGUGUUGUCGUCGCGAAAAUGCAUCAAACGUGAAGCACGUGGUGGAAUUGGAAAGUUGUGACAGCACACUCGCUCGCACAAACAAACCAAAACACAAACAAAUAUAUAUAUUGCAUACCAGAAGGGGAGAAAACCGUGUCGUCGCCGUUUUGCAAUAUUUCUUCAGCGUCGCCGCCUUCGACUACAAAAUUAAAUAAGGGCCGAAGGAAAGGAAGGAGUGAAAAUCCGCCUGCUUUGAUGCAUAUUUUUGCAAACACCCGCCGCAACGAUGUUGGGCUAUCUCGCUGCAUCAUUGUUAGUUUUAAGUACCAUCUACUCGAUUGAUCCCAGCAGUGCUGGUCCGCUGGACGCGCUAAGCUGGGCCCGGAUGGACAACAUCAACCUGCCAUGGCUGCCAUAUGAGAACAUGACCCGCUGCUACGGCGAGUUGGGAUGUCUCAACAUUACCAAGGAGUGGUACCACUUGAUCUUCCGCCCGUUCAACGUGUUCCCCCUGCCGAGGAGCGUCAUCAACACGCGGUUCAUCCUGUACACGGAGAAGAAUCCGACCGAUGGUCAGCUGCUGCAGGCCGAGGUGAAGGACACCAUCAUGAAGAGCCACUUCCGGUCCGACUGGGACACCAAGUUCAUCAUCCACGGCUUCAUCGAUACGCCGCUGUCCAACUGGGUGUCGGAGAUGCGUGACGAAUUGAUUACCCGCGGCGGGUUGAACGUGAUCGUGGUGGACUGGGCGGGGGGAUCGUUGCCACUGUACACACAGGCCACGGCCAACACACGGUUGGUUGGGCUGGAGAUCGCGUAUCUGAUCAAGAAGUUGGGCGAGUACAAGGGCUUGCGAGCGGAGGACGUCCAUUUGAUUGGGCAUUCGCUGGGGGCUCACACAGCUGGAUAUGCGGCUGAGCGGACACCCGGAUUGGGUCGAAUCACUGGCCUUGAUCCAGCUGAACCGUACUUCCAAGGAAUGGACCCGAUCGUACGGUUGGACCCAUCGGACGCCUCCCUCGUGGAUGUAAUCCAUACGGACGGGCGUAGCGUGUUCCGGUUGGAGAUUCCCGGCUAUGGGAUGUCACACGCGUGUGGCCACUUGGACUUUUAUCCCAACAACGGUAAGGAACAGCCGGGAUGUGCGUUGUCGCAGGAGGGCGCCGCCACAAUUCCGCUUACCCUGAUCAAGGAUGGCAUCGAAGAGGCGUCGCGGGUUCUGUUGGCCUGCAAUCACAUUCGAGCCAUCAAACUAUUCAUCGACAGCAUUAACGGGAAGUGUCCGUAUGUCGCUCACCGCUGUCCUUCGUACCAGCAUUUCCUCAGUGGUAACUGCUUCAAAUGCACGUCUGGCAAUUGUGCCCUCAUGGGUUACCACGCGUCCCUGCCCAUCACCACAACCAGGCAGAACAUUUCCGAGAACGACAUCGCCGUCGGUUCGUCGAUUCCUGUCGCACCCCAGCCGGGCAAAUACUUCCUGGCCACCGGGCGGGACUUUCCAUUCUGCCAGCGCCACUACCGCUUCACGAUCGAGCUGGCCAAGCCCAAGUCGGCGGAACCGUGGGUCCAGGGCCACCUGACGGCCGGCAUCUUCUCCGAGCGGGGCGCCAUCCGGAGCAUCGACCUGACGCCGAAGGGGACGGCACGGUUCGAGCACGGCACCGUGUACCAGGUGGUGGUGACCAAUCCGCACGACCUGGGCGACCGCAUCCGGAAGGUCGAGCUGAGCUGGACGCACGACAUGAACGUGCUGGAGCCGACGACGUUGUGCUUGCUGUGGUGCAACAAUCACCUCUACGUCAAGACGAUCCAGGUCGAAACGAUGCAGAUGCCAUCGCGGGAGAAACGCAACACAGAGUACUCCAACAAGCUGUGUGCGCAGAAGCGUGAUUUUGCCGACAUUGCCAGCCGUGGAACGUACGCAUUCUACGACAACUGUAAACGAUGAAAUUCCUAUCACACCGAAUCACACUUCAACCUUCCAGCGUAGUUAAUAUAAUAUAUAUUUCAACAAACUGCCGUUUAGCCAACAAGAGGAAGGAGAAGAUGAUCAGAAGACAAAUCCAAUCGAAAGAGAGAGAGAGAUUAUAUUCGUUAUUAUUUUGUUUCUAGCGUUCAUCUAGACUAGACUAACCACCUUUAAAAAAAACCCAAUAUGUAUUCAAUGAAAACCCCAGUUUAAAAAAAAACCAUUUCGGUAGAAAGAUUUCACUCGACCCGACGACCCGACUCCGCGUUCGAAUGGUUUAAGAGUGCGCGCAAGAAGCGAAAGUGAGACGAAUGUUUGAGGCUGAUUGUAAACAAAGUCAUUUAAUUUCGUUAUAAAUAUAUGUUAGAUUAUAAGGUUCAAUCACAUUGCGAAACUUGUGUUCCAAACAACCCCCCCGCAAAACUUUAUCCCAAGUAUUGUACAAAUUUGUCUAGAGCGUAGUAGCGAUUCGAUUCGAGGCAGGAGUAAACCGUUUUUUUCCGCGUGCUUUUAUUAUUACAUUGUAAGAUUAUUUCUAUGAAAUUUACUGAAACUCCCAAAAAACUGAAACAAACUUGAAAAGUUUACCUGUUGUUAGGGUUAAAUUUUCAACUUUUACAAAAA